AUGCGAAAGUACCGGUUAGUGGCCAAGAAAGGGGAAGGCACAUUUUCCGAGGUGCUUAAGGCCCAGAACGUCAAAGAUAACAAGUUCCAUGCCAUCAAAUGCAUGAAGAACCACUUCGAGAGCAUCGACCAAGUGAAUAAUCUACGUGAGAUCCAGGCACUACGGAGGCUGUCGCCUCACCAGCAUAUCGUCAAACUGGAAGAAGUACUGUACGACCAGCCAUCGGGUCGGCUAGCACUGGUCUUCGAGCUGAUGGAUGCCAACCUGUACGAAAUGAUUCGCGGCAGACGACACUAUCUCAAGCCCGACCUAGUACAAUCGCUCAUGUACCAACUCGUUAAGUCGCUCGAUCACAUGCAUAACAAAGGCAUUUUCCACCGCGAUAUUAAGCCCGAGAAUAUCUUGGUAGAAGAUAGUACCAAGCUCAAACUGGCCGAUUUUGGGUCCUGUCGAGGCAUUUACUCCAAGCAACCAUACACGGAAUACAUCUCCACGCGGUGGUACCGCGCACCCGAGUGCUUGCUCACUGAUGGCUACUACGGGCCGGAAAUGGACAUUUGGGGUGUCGGUUGUGUUUUCUUCGAGAUCACAUCGCUCUACCCGCUCUUCCCUGGCUCCAACGAACUCGACCAAAUCCACCGUAUACACAAAGUUCUGGGCACUCCAUCGUCGGAAGUGCUCGAGAUCUUUAGGCGUAAGGGAGCUGCUCAUGUUGAUUUUAACUUCCCCAGAGAGGAAGGAGCCAAUAUUGCUAAGCUCAUCCCGCACGCAUCUCCUGCGGCUAUCGAUCUUAUGAACAAAAUGCUGGCAUACGACCCGAGUAAGCGCAUGAACGCACGAGAAGCGUUGCGGCAUGAGUAUUUUCGGGAAAUCCGCGAUCUCGAAGAGGCUACUUUACGGGCGCAGCAGCAACAAGCUCAACACGUUAUUCAACCACAACAACAUCCUUCGGUUGGACUCUCUAUGGCCUCCAAGCAACGCAAAAGCAACGACAAUUCAGAUGAUAAGACACCAUUGCCGUCAAUCCAGAAUGGAUCACAUGGACCACAGGCUCUGACCGACACAAAAGACUAUGCACACGAUGCAAGCGAAGACGAAUUACCGCCGAUCAACAACGUCGCGGGUGGAAGAGGAAUGGGUGGCGUCACUCAUGUCAAAACCCGCAAAUAUUCCUUUAGCAGUAGGAACGUCAACAACAACAAAACCAGCGAAAGCAGUUUUGGAGGAGGGUCAAUUUAUUCUGGAGGCAUAUCCAAAGCGUCGAAAGGGGGACACACGAAUGGAGGCAGCACGAACCGAUCCACAUACCACCAGGAAAUUAAGACCCGCAAGAACGUGGCCAAUGUGGCGCUGAAGAAGGGAUUUUCGUCCGCGCGAAACAAAAAAAUCGUAGGCGCUUCUGCUGCUUAUGCAGACGCCUCCGCUGUGUACGCUGAAGUCUCAGGUAGGGGCUAUCAUCCAAUGCAACAUCAACGUUGA